AUGGCCAUGGAUGUCCCGCCCAACUUCAGCCGUGGCGGGCUGGCUUGGGAGCUGCCAACGGGAGCCAAGCCGGCUUCGGCCAGGCCCAAGGCUCAAGUGCGUCCUCCCAAAUGGGCCGCCUUGCCGACCAUGGCAGCCACCUAUGGGCGCAAGGUCCGUGCGCGCGUGGACGGUCGCGCGUCGACGGCUUCGGGGAAGACGAUGACGGCGAAGAGGCUUGCCAGCUUCAAGGCCAAACAGGCUGAGACGCUGAGCAUCUUCCGGAAAUAUGCGGAAGCCAAGAGCUGGGAGAAACUUCAUCGCCAUCAUUUCGACUGGUGGAUGUUUCCAAUCGAUGACGGCUCCAAGGCAGAGUUCAACCUUUGCAGUGAGGAAGAUGUGAGUGCCUUGCGAAACGAUGCUGAAUGGUUGGAAGGAUAUCACGAAGCCGUACGCCUGGCCUGCGCUGCUUGGGGCUGGGAUCUGGACCAACAAAGCCGCAUCGCCCCAGCGGAGAAGGGCAUGGGCUGGACGGACUGGGACGUGCGCUUGGCCAAGAUGUGCCGGAGUGUGUACCUCAUGGAGGAGGAAGAAUUGCUCACAUCGCUGCAGAAAUUCGCGCGCGAGCUGCAAGAAAACGAAAAGGAAGGAAAAGGUUUCUUCUACGGCACCAUUUGCUUGGAUGAAUUGCUGUACUUUGAGCUUCCGCGAGCUAAGCCCGAUCUGCCCCUGGCAGUCAAGUUGACCGAGCGAGUGGAGAAGUUCAUCCAAGAACUGGUCGACAGCUCCAAGACCGAGGGGGAAGCCACCUUCGAGUUUUGGCCCGACACCGGAGCUGGCAGUUGGAUUCGACUGAAGAACAAGAAAGGUAGCUAUGGCAAAAACGGCAACCAGAACUACAGUGGCUAUGGCUAUGGUAGCUACUCCUACGGCUAUCGAAGAGGUGCCGGCGCGAGCGCGAGCGAGGAGAAGGAGCUUCCGGCGGUGUCUGCCAAGCCCCAAGACCAAAAGGAGGAGUCGAGCGGCAGGGGGGCGUUGCCAGGCUGGAUCACAAGGGCUGAGCCAGACGUUGCAGCAGCUGGAGCCAGGGAGCCCGCAGAAGCACCAGCAACACGGCAAGUUUUAGACUUCCAAGUGCAGGGUGUGCUGCAAAAUGCCUUGCACCAGUCGCACCCUCCAGUGGCCAGAUCCGAGUUGCAUCAAGUGAUCCAACAGCACCCCUCUUCCAUCGCAAUUUUGGCGACCAUGGUGCAAAGUUGGAUCGCAAGAGGACUUCCCUUUUUUUUGACGUUGGCAUGUUCGGCCACCAGUGAAGCUCUGAACUUCACGCAGCUUCUGGGAUGGUCGCCCCGGUUGCUGGGCCACGGCACCGGAGCCGGGCAGUUCAACAUCACCCUUGUGCCUGCAGAGGGGACGACCAGUGGAACUGUGAAUCAACUCUUUAACAUGGGCCUGCAGCUGAUUUAUAACUUUGACCAGCGCAACGCCAAACUGGUCUUUCAGGAAGCCAUUCGCCUCAGCCAUCACUGCGCGCUGUGCUCCUGGGGCUUCGCCCACGCCUGCGGCCCCACGUUGAACGCGCCGUUGAAGAACCGCGACGACCAUAGGGCCGGCGCACUGGCGGCCAGGCAGGCCAUGGAAGUGAUGGAGCGGAGACCGGAGAUCUACAGCGCCAAGGAGCAGGUGCUGAUCCGCUCCAUGGCGCAGCGCUACGACGGUCCCAAGGGUCCCGAUGCCUCUGACACUCGCGCGGCGGGAAAACGCUACGCGGAGCGCCUGCGAAGUUUGACGGAAGAGAUGAAUCUCUUGGAAGAUAUCGAUCUCAAGGUCUUUUUGGCAGAGGCCCUGAUGCUCCAACUCUGCACUCCCAAUGAGUGGCACUUCUACCAGGGUGAAGGUGUGAUGACGCCGCUGCCCAUGCCCCAGACGGUGGAAAGCACCAAACUGCUGCGAGAAGUCCUGGAGGUCACGAAUCAGACACAUCCCUAUGCGCAGCACCUGCUGAUCCACAGCACCGAGAUGUCCAACGUCCAAGCCGAAACGGCUCUCACCAGCGCAGAGCACCUGCUGGCGAAUACCGCCAAGUUGCAAGACCAGCAUCUUCAACACAUGACCAGUCAUACCUAUCUUCGAACUGGACGUUAUCAUCAAGCAUUGCUGAGCAAUGUAGUCGCCGUCCGAAGUGAUGACGCGUACUUGCAGCAUCAUUGGAUGCCCUACGGCCCUGGCCACAACUCAGUUUUCUUGGUUUGCUGCGCCCUCUGGGGAGGUGAAAAGGCGGAAGCCUACAAGUAUGUCCAGGUGGCGCAGAAGGUCUUUGCGCGCGCGCCAGGUCAAUCCGACUUCCCGGACGGCAGCAUGGCCUGGAAUUACCCCCUGCUGGUGGCCUUGCGCUUCGCUGAGUGGCCCAGGCUGGCAUCGCUGGAGCGGGAAGCACCGGAGCCAUGGGGCGCCAAGUGGGUCUAUGGAGGUCCUUUCCUGUCCCACUUUGCGCAUGGCAUCGCAGCCGCCCACCUUGGUCACGCGGCGGAGGCGGCGGAGCAUCUGACACAGCUGCGGAGGUUGAUGCCGGCAGUGGAGGAACAGGGGAAGUAUACCAAUGAGCCCUUGAUCGCGAACCACACGGCCUCAGCCGUGCUGGCCAUGGAGGCAGGCCGUGUCGAAGGUGCGCUAGAGGCCUUGGCUGCUGCGGUGGAGGUGGAGAUGGCCAUGCCCUAUGGGCUGCCGCCCAACUGGCUGCUCCCCACGCGCGAGUGCUACGGCCAAGCCUUGCUCCGUGCCGAGCGCUUCGCUGAGGCCGAGGGCAUCUUUCGCCAGGCGCUGGAGGUAGAUUCCUUCCAUGCGGAGCCGAAGUGUGGCUGGGCCCUCUUGGGUUUGCGCCGCAGUUUGGCGGCACAAAACCGAGAUCUUGAAGUGGAAGCUGUGGACAAGGAGAUCGCAGAAGCGUGGAAGUUUGCAGACGUUCCACUGAAGUCACCAUGUUCGUUGAUUGAUCUGGGGCCACCAGUGCCGUCAGGGUGUAGCCGAUUUGGUCUCCGAUUUGCAGACAUCAGCAAGGAUGCAAAGGCGCCAGCUCCACCAGCACCCAAACCUUUGGCGCCCGCAGUGCCGGUAGCGCCUGCAGUCUUUGAGGUUUUGGAUGCUGGCUCUGGCAGCGCUUUGAAGAAGGCCUCCAACAAGAUGAAAUUGCCGGAGCCAGAGGCCGCACCGCCACCCCCCAAGGCUGACACAUCCCCUACAUCCCCAGCCUCUCCGGCUCCCAGACCGCCACCGCAGGCUCCAGCAAGUCCAAGCUCCCGGACCGAGGUCGUGCCACCCCCUCCGCCACCACCGGUGGCAGAGAGUGGCACUGGCGCCCGGAGGAACGGAGAGAUGACAGCUGCUCCAGAGCAAGUGAAGAAAGGGCGCUUGAGGUCCUUUCUCUUGGAGAAGGGCUUUGGUUUUAUCUCGCUCGAGGAUAUCGAGUUGGACGUUUUCGUCCACGUGAGCACCUUUGAAGGACAGAAGCCCAACGACUUCCCGGGCUUGCCGGGUUUGCCGCCAGUGGGACAGGAAGUGGAGUUCACUGUGUCAGAAGGCCAUGCCAGGCCCCGCGCAGCCUGGGCUCGCAUCACUGGGCCCGCGCUGCCGAUGGACGGAGGCAAAGUGCUCUGCAAGUCCUUGGGCUACGUCUUGCAAAGGCCUGAGCGAUAUUUGGACUUCAGACAUUUGGUGAAGGGCUGGGCCACCUUGUUGCACGUGUUGCAGCACGAUCUGUUGAAAACGGCGAUCGAGGCCUUGGCCCCGGAAGGAGCACAGAAGUUGUCCCAAGGUGUACUACCUGAAGCCGUGCUGGCAGCGAUUGAAGAUUUGGCCGUCUGCGUGGUGGCACCCAACGCCGAAGCGGCCAAUGAGAAGAUCGCGGCCGAGGGCCAAGACCAGUUCAAUUUCCACGUGUGGCUGCAACAAGAGGCCUUCCUGUCAGAUGCGGCAGUGCCAGAGGCAGAACGCCUCUGGAUCAGACACGCUUCGCGCGCCAGAAGUGAGGAGAUGCGACAUCGGCGGGAGGAAACACAUCCUGAAGAUAAGCCUUGGUGGCAGGGAGGUGGCGAUACUGCCGCGGGCGCUGAAUGGGAGCCCCAUCACCUUAAGGCGUCUCACCUGAAUCCUUCCAGUGACUCCUGCAGUGGCGGCCCUGGGGCAGAGAUCAAAGCUGUGAGGAUUUCCUUGGAUUGUGAGAAUCCCUUUAAAGGUCGCAAGGUGUCUGCAAAACGAUGGGACGAACUGAUGAUCGGGAAAAGGUUCGUGAACUUUAAUGCCCUGCAGAAUCUGGGAGAUUCCAAUAAGCCCGCAGUAGCCAUUGGUGUCCUCUACGUUCCUCGGCAGAAGUUUUUGACAACCAGGCCAGCCAAUCUGCAGAUUGGGUGGCUCCGAGAUCCCGUCCUCAUCUCCCAGCCGUUUCUCCCACGACCCCCCUGA